CCCCCUUCGUGCAACCCACCAGUACUAUCAGCCCACCCGCUCCGAAAGUCAACCUCCCUCUAGGGGUGUUUAUCACAUGGCUCCAUUCACCAUCACACGGUCCACGCUUGACGAAGAGUUCACAUUCACAGGCAGCUUUGACAUCACUGGCUUACUCGAUGCCUGCCAAAAUCCUGCUUCGUUUCAAAAGCGCAGUCCGAAGUUAGACAAUAUUCCUCUUCAUUUUUCAUUGAAAAAGGAAGAGGGCGGCGAUAGCCUGAAGGUGUUUCUACACGAUCCUAGCAGGAGUAGUGAGCUUUACGACUGCGAGGUUACUCUGAGAGCCUGGGACGGAUCUGUCGUCGAAUCACUAUCCUUCUUCUCGAAAUCGAUCCGAGAAGGGUCAGGUCGUGGCUGGUCAUCCUUCUGCAAAAUUUCCGCUCUUCAAGAUUUUCUUGCUAGCAAUGAUCUCGCGAAGAUACAAUAUAAAAUAACGUGCUACGGUCAUGGCGAUACGACAAUCCCGCGUCCAUUACAUGGAAUUCAAGCUACACAGCGACUGACCAAUCUAACCGCCUCGAUCUUCGACAACAAGGACUCAAGCGAUGCGCUUUUUGUCAUUAAACCACCCGAGACAGCUGCACAAGUCAUUCAUGUA